AUGAGAUUGUUUUUAUUACAAAAAGAGUAGCAUUUUAAUUACGUUGAUUAAAUAUUUUAAACCAUUCGUCUAUAUCUGAUGAAUUUCUAAACUCUACACUCGAAGCUUAUUGUACUCAUUCCUUUUAAUUAUUCAAAGAAUCAUAGAUCUUUAUAAGUAGCAAUCAAACUUUUAGUUCAAUUCACUCUGAAUUACCUCAAUUUAUUCAAGGAUGAUUUUGACAAACCCGAAGAAGCGAAUAAUCAUUUGACUUCAACACAACAAAUGUAUGAUUCCAGACUUAAAUUUUAGAUUGAUUGCAAUAACAGAACCACCUUAAUGAUGAGAAAAACCCCACAAACUUAGAAGACAAAAUUCGAUAUGGAUCCCCUAAAGAGUAUAAGACUUUUGUUGGAGAAAAAGGCGAAAAAUUAUCAGUUUGUCAAAGACAGAGUUUUAUUUUAGCAGGUACAAUUUAAAGAUGCACCUAUUCUUAUUUUGAAGCAACAUUAAACAUGGAAUCACUGA